CCCGGAAGAGACAAUAUCCAGCCACAGAAAUCACGAUGCUGCGCGCACACGCAAAACGACUUGCUGUAUCCGGCGAUAGAUCUGAAGUCCGAUCAAUAGACAAAGUCCAGUGAAGCAACGAUAUCGCAACACGUCGCACGUCUCGACUCAACUCUUGCUACCCGCCAUUAUCGAAGCUGACCGGUGACUCGUCUUUGGCCCUCGUGUAGAAUCAACACCAAACAUGUCACACAAGCUCGAUAUCCUGAUAGUCGGCGCUGGCCUCUCAGGCCUCGCCGCUGCGAUACAAUGCGCAUUGUCAGGGCAUUCAGUCACGGUAUUGGAAGGCGCACGGGAGCUGGCUGAGAUAGGUGCCGGCCUUCAGUUGACACCUAAUGCCACACGUCUGCUCCAGAAGUGGUCGGUAUACGACACUAUCCGCGGCCAGGUCUGCGAACCCGUCACAUUGACUGUACACAACUAUCGCGGCAAGAUCCUCGCACACGAAGAGAACUUUGAUGCAAACAUCCGCCGCAAAUACGGCGCGCCAUUCUCCGAUUGCCAUCGCGUGGAUCUGCAGCAAGCGCUGGUGAAGCGAGCGAAAGAGUUGGGCGUGAUUGUUGUAUUGAACGCGAAAGUGACGAACGUAGACUUUGGCUCAGCUACUGGCGAUAGAGCGCGCGUGAAGACCUCUGAAGGCCAGAAAUAUGACGCCGAUCUCAUCGUCGGAGCAGACGGACUGUGGUCUUCGUGUCGAUCUACAAUGCUCGGACGAAAUGACCCUCCACUACCCACCGGCGAUCUAGCAUAUCGCAUCGUGCUCAAGGUUGACCAGAUCAGCGAUCCGAAGCUGAGGGAGAUGGUGCAAUCUCCGGCGUGUCGAUUCUGGGCAGGUCCAGAUGCACACGUUGUAGCAUACAGUAUGCGCGGCGGCAAUAUGUACAAUGUGGUUUUACUCGUGCCUGAUGAUCUCGAAGAAGGUGUUGCAAGGACAGAAGGCAACUUGGACGAGAUGAAGAAGUUGUUUGAGGGAUGGGAUCCAGUGUUAACCCAGCUACUCGGGUGUGUGGACAAAGUAGACAAGUGGAAACUGAUGCACCGGGCCGAGAUGGAAUCCUGGAUCAACGCGCAAAACAAUCUUGUGCUCAUCGGAGAUUCAUGUCACCCGAUGCUUCCCUAUCUCGCGCAAGGCGCGAAUUCUUCUAUCGAGGAUGGUGCCGUUUUGGGACUUUUACUUGCACCUGAGCAUCUCAGCUCGAAGGAGAAGCUACCAGAUACGCUUCAACUCUUUCAACAAUUACGGAAAACACGCGGCGAAGGCAUCGUACGGGAGACAUUCAAGCAGCGAAAAGACUUUCACCUCCGCGACGGGCCAGAACAGGAAAGGCGCGAUGAACUGAUGUUGGGCCAACUUGGCAAGGAACUUAAAGGCGCAUUUCCAAGUCGGUGGACAUGUCCCGAGGUACAGCCUUGGCUGUACGGAUAUGACGCGAUGGAUGAGGUGAAGGCGGCUGUGCGGGCAAAGUCAUCGUGAUGGCGCAAUAGCGUAGGAAAAGAAAGUUUGCGGGACGUUGAGAGAGAGGCACAGAAGCCAGCCUCGGAUGUAAGGUAAGAGACAUACAUCUGAUUGGGUGGAUGGAAGUAAUUGUUAGCAAACGUGCGAUUCAUGGUUGAUGUUGCACCAGGGUCAUCGUGAAACGGCCCACAUGGUGGCUGCCGAGGCCCGUCGCAGGUCGCACCGUCGACAUGCAUGAGACAGCCCUACGCCAUUCUACUUGGUUGCAAUCUCUCCACGCCCUGGAGAAGAUCAUGGGUGGUAAUUGAAGGAUGGCUGGGCCCUUGGCGGAAGAUGCUGUCUCGUCCUUUGCCAUCGCUGGCAAGUUCCAGAUCAAGCAAGGCAUUGACGACAGUAAGCCAGCCGAGCUGACAUGGCUUGCUAAGAAACAACGACGCAAAGGUUCCAUAUCGUUGGUAGAGCUUAUACAUAUGUUUGACAGCGGAG